ACCUCUGCCAUGUUCAGCCGCGGCUCUCGGAAGCGGCUCUCCAGCAGAUCGUUGACUGCCUUGUGUGAGCUGGAAAGAGAGAAGCCUUGCAGCAGGUGUGGCGACCGAUGUCCCGGCUUCGCGCUUCAUAAAUGGAGGAAGAUUUGCCUGCACUGUAAGUGUCCACAGUCGGAACACUUUGAAACGGUGAUGCCACUAGAAAUGGAGAAGACCGUGACCAAGCUGAUGUUUGACUUCCAGCGCAAUUCGACUUCAGACGAUGACUCUGGCUGUGCCUUGGAAGAGUAUGCCUGGGUUCCUCCAGGGCUGAAACCAGAACAGGUUCAUCAGUACUACAGCUGCCUACCAGAGGACAAAGUACCCUACGUGAACAGCCCCGGGGAGAAAGCCCGCAUAAAACAGCUUCUACAUCAGCUGCCACCACACGACAAUGAGGUUCGAUACUGCAACUCACUGGAUGAGGAAGAGAAAAGGGAACUCAAGCUCUUCAGCAAUCAGAGGAAAAGGGAGAACUUGGGGCGAGGCAACGUCCGACCAUUCCCGGUCACCAUGACGGGAGCCAUCUGUGAGCAGUGUGGAGGCCAAAUCAACGGAGGAGACAUAGCCGUCUUUGCAUCCCGAGCAGGCCAUGGUGUUUGCUGGCACCCACCAUGCUUCAUCUGCAGCGUUUGCAACGAGCUGUUGGUAGAUCUUAUCUAUUUCUAUCAAGACGGAAAGAUUUAUUGUGGCCGGCACCACGCGGAAUGCCUCAAGCCUCGGUGCGCAGCCUGCGAUGAGAUUAUCUUUGCUGACGAGUGCACAGAGGCUGAGGGAAGGCACUGGCACAUGAAGCACUUUUGCUGUUUUGAAUGCGAAACGGUACUAGGUGGCCAGCGGUACAUCAUGAAGGAAGGGCGGCCAUAUUGCUGCAACUGUUUCGAAUCCUUAUAUGCGGAGUAUUGUGAUACCUGUGCUCAACACAUUGGCAUUGAUCAAGGUCAGAUGACUUACGACGGCCAACACUGGCAUGCUACAGAAACUUGCUUCUGUUGCGCACAGUGCAAGAAGUCUCUUCUUGGGCGACCAUUCCUGCCAAAGCAAGGGCAGAUCUUCUGUUCAAGAGCAUGCAGCAUGGGCGAUGACCCUAAUGGCUCAGAUUCGUCAGACUCUGCCUUCCAGAGUGCUAGAGCCAAGGAGUCGCGACGUAGUGCCAAGAUUGGCAAGAACCGGAACAAAGGAGAGGAGAAUGCGCUAAGCCAGAGCAACCAACUACAGGUAUCCUCCAGCAGGCUUUCUGCAGAUGUAGACCCUCUCUCCUUGCAGAUGGACUUGCUGAGUUUGUCCAGUCAAACUCCUAGUCUAAACAGGGACCAUGUAUGGAGGAGCAGAGAUGAACUGUAUCACUAUGGGAACAAAAUGGAGCAGAGUCAGUCACAAAGUCCUUUGCAGCUGCUCAGCCAGUGUAACAUAAGGACUUCCUACAACCCAGGGCAGAGUCCAAGUGUCCAGCAGGAUCUAUGGGGCAAACAUUUCAGCAACCCAAAGAGAAGUUCCUCUCUAGCCAUGAAAGGACAUGGUGGCAGCUUCAUCCAGGAUUGCAGAGAAGAUUAUUACUCAGGAAGGCUACGGUCUCAGGAGAGUUACAGUGACAUGUCCAACCAGAGCUUCAGUGAUACCAGAGGGAGUUACAAGGUCUCCAAAUAUGGAGAGGAGGAGGACACUAGUAUUUCUGCACAGCAGUGUCGAACCAGGCAUCCAAUCAAUGCACUGAAAUUCACUGAGGAAUUGACACCCACAGAGCAAACACCACGAGGUUCAAUGGAGUCUCUUGCUCUUUCCAACGCCACAGGUCUCUCUGCAGAUGGUGGUGCCAAGAGACAAGAGCAUCUUUCUCGAUUUUCCAUGCCUGACCUCAGCAAAGAUUCAGGGAUGAAUGUCUCAGAGAAGUUAAGCAACAUGGGAACACUGAAUUCCUCUGUUCAGUUCAGAAGUGCUGAGUCAGUUCGUAGUCUCCUUUCUGUGCAACAGUAUCAAGAUAUGGAAGCCAACUUGCAUGAUCUUGCCAAUCCCAUUGGUUACAGAGACCCACCACCUCGUGGAAGGAUGCAUCAGAGCUUUGACUAUGAAGGAGGGAUGCUAGGGAACAAGUUGGCUGGACAAGAAGGUGCCAGACAUCCCCCCAUGAGUGAGCGCACUCCUAGACGGACUAAUCUCCGAGAAGACGACCGUCGUUACCGCCCUCACAGACCCCGACGGUCAAGGCGAUCCCGCUCAGACAAUGCCCUUCACCUCACCAGUGAACAGAGCUAUAAGGUGAAAGAGAGGCCCUCUCUACGAGCCAGGGAGGACUAUGACCAGUUCCUGCAGCAGAGAAGCUGUAGAGAGACCAUGGAGCAGGGUGCACGGAGAAACCUGUAUGGUCAGUGUCCACGGACUGUAUCAGACCUGGCUUUGCAAAACCACUUUACUGAGAGAUGGGGACCGUAUUUUGCCGAAUAUGAUUGGUGUUCCACAUGCUCCUCUUCCUCUGAAUCUGACAAUGAAGGCUACUUCCUCGGUGAACCAAUCCCACAACCCACCCGUCUCCAGUAUGUCACCAGUGAAGAGCUCCUUCACAAAUAUGGUUCCUACAGCAUGCCUAAGUCUUCCACACUAGGUGGUCGAGGACAGUUACACAGCCGGAAAAGGCAAAAGAGCAAAAACUGUACCAUAGCUUAACCUUGUCAUCCAAGCACAGUGUUGGAGAAUGUAAUUACUUCAUCAACUUGCACUGUUGUAGGUCUUUAAAAUGCUUUUUAUUGUAACAAAAAGUCUAGGCAAGUGGGGGAGUUAAGAGAAGGUCAUAGACGAGGGUCUAUAAAUAGUCAUAAUUGUUGGCAUGGUGAAUAUAUUUUGCACAUUUUAUUUUGGGGACGGAGGAGGGGAUAAAAUUUAUUUUAGCAUGUAAUAGUUAUAAACUUUACCUCCUUCCCACAAGUAGCUGCCACCCAUUUAAUACCCAGUUCACCCACAUUUUUAGUUGUCAUUGUUUACUAUAACCAGCAGUUAGCUACUAGUUUAUUCUCUCUCCUCACUUGCUUUUCAUUUCCAUCACCUUUUUGGAGGGGGAUGGUUAACUCUUCUGCCAGACAGCAGGGGAAGCUCAGAUGUUUCCAUCAUUGUUCUGCAAAUGCAAAGUCAAUGAGAAUUCAAAGAAAAUAUUUUUGUAUUUUAUAAUAUCAGAGGAAUUUCUGUAUCUUUGAAGUCACUGGGAAAUUCAUGUGCAUCCAUAAUUCUUUGGGGCAGGAGUUAAAACAAACACAGCUUCAGAACCCCUUUAUCUUUUGCCAUCAGAUUUGUUUCAGAUUAGCAAGGCUUUAUUUUAAAAAUGCCACCCCCCCCCUUUAAAGUAACCCCCUUUUUCCUACUUUAGUAGCACUUGAAGAGGCCUGCAAAAGUGCUCUUGAAACUUUCCAGCACCACCAUCUUCUGUUCCUGCUCCUGCAAUCCUAGGAACACUUUCUGAGGGUAAGCCCCAUUGAAUAAAAUGGGACUUACUUCUGAGUAGAGUUGCUUAGGAUUUCUCUCUGUGAAACUCAAAUAUAGGCUUUAUCUUCACUGAAACAAAAUUUAAGAACAGGUUUGUCUUUUUUUUCCCUUCAAAAUACAGAAAAAAUAUAACCACCAAAUGUCAAAGAACCUAGGUAUGAGAAGGCAUUCUACAUCUCUUUAGAGAGGGCUGAAGUUGCUAAAAUUUCAACUACUUUUGGGGGGAUGAACCAAAACAAUUGUAAAUGGUGCAGUUGUGUGGUGUCGGCAUGAACUUGUUUUAAGUAUAGAAUCGUUCUCUGGUGCUCUAGUUUCCUGGCAUAUGUUAACUGCUGCUCAUUACCAAGAGGUAUCUUCAACACUGCCUUCUUCUGAAAUCCAUGAAAUGAAUACAUCUUAAUCAUGUCAGACUUAAAGUCUACCCAUGGGAGAUAUACACUUCAAACCCAUUACGGCGGCAGUUUGAAGAGCAUAUCCUCAGGGCGGAGAAGAGUCCAUUUCUUUGGAACUAAAACUAAUCAACAAAAGCUUCAACAUGGUAGUUAUAUACAUAGGACUCAAAAUGUACUGUGUGCUACGGUGGAUGUGAGUUCUUAUUCUCUGUAUGCUUUUAACAAUUGGGAGAUUGACAUCAAGAUGUGUUCUGUAUUGUUUCCAGAUGGGACAGUGGGACCAAAGGCAACUCUCUCUCUUUUCUUUUCCUUCUUCUUUUUUGGGGGGGGCUGUUUUUUACUGUAGGAGCCGUAAAGCAGGUUUCAGUAGUCCCUAGUUGAAUAGGAUCUUGCAAACUUACUACACCUGUGCAUAGGAGAGCUUGAGGAUGCUGUUAAAGUCAGGACUGAUGGGAAUAGAUGGCAGUCUGCACAUUGGUGUGAGGGGGAUUAACAGCCAGGCACAAGGGCCCUGACUCACCAGGGGGACCGAAGAAGCAGGGCCUUUGUGCUCGCUCCAGCCCACUACAGAGCCAGGCCUUGGAUCAACGGCUCUGUGUCGCUGGGGGAGAGAACGACCUUGCCUUUUGGAAAACAGUGACUCAGGAGGAAGUUUCAGACAUGGAUGUAUCCAUAGCACAGCAAGGAGAUUUUUUGUUGUGCAUAAGGAGAAUGUGAUGAUUAUGAUUUUUUUUAAAAAAUAAUAAAGAAAAAGCAAAGAACUGAUGACAAA